AAGGGCGGCAGAGCUGGGCUGAUGACUCGGUCGGUAGCAAUGCACCUCUGCUCCUCCUCCACCUCCCGCUCUGAGUCACUUUGGAGAUUGAGUCAUGAUACGUGACUGUAAGGGAGCAAAAGUUGCGGGUUACCUGGCAAGAACUGUGGACUUCUGAAACAUUAAAGAACAGGAACCGGGACAUCAUGUCAACAGCAGGAAUUGCAGCGCAGGAGAUGAGAGUCCCCUUAAAGAGUGGCUUUCUCCAUAAUGGGCAAGGCAUACCGAGCCUGAAGACCUGUUGGACUGGCCACAGUGGGUUUGAAAAUUCAUUUUUCAGCAUGGACCCCGUGACGAUGGCCUACAAUCUGAAUUCAUCUGCUCCACAUCACUGCGCAUCUGUUGGGCGCAGUUCAAAUCCAGAUCCAGUAAAUGGCCACAGCCAUGCAGAGAACAGCAGCAAGGCCUUGCCUCAGAAAUCAAGCCCGCUUCCUUUCAGCCCCAAAAGCGAAAGGCCAGCUUCAAACUCCAAAGACGACCCUAUUCCCAGCUUCAGCAGACUCACGAUAAACACAAGCAGCCAUUGCGGUGAGACAUCUCCCCACACGCCAAUGAUCAGUGGGAUGCUUCUCUUCCCUCCCACGCCUUCUAGUGAGCGUGGCGCCAGGCCUCUGCCUCCCUUGCCUGUUGCUAAGGACUUCCUCCAUGACGACGUGGACAGGGAAGUGGAGUUCCUGACCAGUUCGGACACGGACUAUUUGUUAGAAGAUUGUGGCAACCCUGCUUUUAAAACCACUGGUCACGGCAGAAGGAGCUUUAGGGGCUGUGGGCAGAUCAACUAUGCCUACUUCGAUGCCCCAGCAGGACCUAAAUCGCAAGAGUCCCACUCCGCAGCUGUCCAAAGCGGAUGCACAGCCAGCGCCUGCCCCCCUCCUCCUCCACCGCAUCAGUUGCACCGGCGGUUGCGACGCUCACAUUCUGGGCCCGCUGGGUCUUUCAAUAAGCCGGUAGUGAGGAUAUCGAGCCAUUUCCACCGAACGUCUCCCUCUUCUGACGACGACAAACCAGAAGUUCCCCCCAGGGUUCCCAUUCCUCCCAGGGCGCUCAAGCCGGACUAUCGGAGGUGGUCGGCCGAAGUGGCUUCCAACUCUUACAGCGACGAGGAUAAACCUCCCAAAGUUCCCCCGAGGGAGCCUCUGUCCCGGAGCAAUUCUCGAACGCCGAGCCCCAAAAGCUUGCCACUCUACAUCAACGGCAUCAUGCCGCCUACUCAAAGCUUUGCCCCUGAUCCGAAAUACGUCAGCAGCAAAGCCCUGCAAAGACAGCACAGCGAAGGCUCGGCCAUUAAGGCCCCGUGCAUCCUUCCGAUCAUCGAGAACGGCAAGAAGGUUAGUUCGACCCAUUACUAUCUGCUCCCAGAAAGGCCACCGUAUCUGGACAAAUACGAGAAGUUCUUCCGGGAAGCAGAAGAGACCAGCUCGAGUGGGGAAGGGCAGCCUUGGAACGGGGACCCUGGCCCGGCCAAGCUGGACUUGAAAGUCAAGGCAGAUGUGGCUGGCCAUGUGAAACGCAAACAUCUGUCUUGUGUAGUUUCUCCAUAGAAUUCCAGAGGACUGGACAGGAAGAGUUAACCGACUGUGAUUGCAAGCAGUUCUCCACGGGCCAAGUAUGGCAGAUUCCCUUUGGACUGUCAGGGAGAGGAUCACGGAGAACAAUGAUAGAGCUUUCCCUUGGUGCUGCAUUGCUCUGGACCAAGCAGACCAUUCUCGUUGGAAUGAAAGGACUUGGAGUGAAACACUUCAGUGUGCAUCGGGUUGGCCAGUUAUUCAAUAUUCUAGAGUAAUAUAUAUGUUUUUAGAAACUCACAUUAGUAGAAAAAAGAAUGCAGUCUUGCUAACAAGACUAGUGACUUAAGCCGAGAACAAAGGGCGGUUCAGUAUUUUUAUCGGAGGACUUUCAGCGUGACGGCCACGACACUUUAAAAAAAAUUUCUGGACAUGUUUCCUGCUCUCUUCUGCCUGGCACAAGCUGGUUUUCCUUUGCCAGGAAAUGCCCUUGUUACUGUUGGGGGGCGGGAGGGGGGAGGUUGAGGAAAGAGACUGGCAAAACCAGUACCAGUUUCUUGACUUUGUAAGCCCAUCAUGGGUUUGGGUAAGGGUUAAGGGUUCUGGAUUCCAACCUUGGGAGAAAUGUAGAUCUUGCUGGCUGGGCUUUCUCUUCCGGGGCAAACCCCCCUGCCCAUUUACUCAAAAGCUCUUGGCAGGAUUCUGUCAAUUGUUUGUUGACUUGGACCAAUAAAUGCCAGCCAUUACCCACAACCACAUUCUUCACAAAUCCCAAUGAAUGGUUGGUGUUGGUCUGUCAGGUGGGGCAACGGUGGGUAAAGCCGUUGCUGCGGGAACUGAGACGGAAAAAGACAAAUUGAAUAGCGGAGAGGACCUUUUAAAGAAAAAAAAAAUGGACCAACUUCUGUUCUUUAGACAGGAAGUAUGAGUGGUAGCCGGAAGUGGGCCACAAGCUGGUCUUGGGGUCUGGUUCCUGUUUUGUAUCGUGUGAGGAGGUGACUUGUUUUUGUUAAGUCAGAUCGUUAGUUUUUUCCUCUCUUGAGUUUUUUUCCUCUCUUGAGUUGACGUUCACCAAUUCUUCUGUUUUCUGAACCUCAAUGGCGGAUGGGCCUCUUUGAGACAUCUGAGGGUUUGUUGAGAAGGGGGACGCUUGUCUCCACACAAUUCUCUCGCGGCCCCUCCCACACACUAAAACCAGCGCAGGGGGAAAGGUGCUUUCAGACAGAGGUCCAUGGUCAUGGUCUCCCGAUGACAUGCAGAAAUAGCUGUUUACAGUAAACGAAAUAAAACUGUUGAAAAGGAAGUUGUGUCUCCUGUCUCCCGCCCCUCCCCCCACAACUUCCGGGAAGCUUCCUGGGUUCUAGUAAAAACACUAAAUGAAGGUAACAUACAUGUUCUAGAAAUAAAUGCACUGAGACUUUAAGGCAUCAGGUGUACAGUAUUGGAGGAAGGACGACGUUCACUUCAUUAUUUUUGGAUAUUGUCAUGUCUUGAAUUUAAUAAAAAUGUACUUAUUUAUGAAAA